AUGGAUGAGAAGACAUUCGACCUCUUCGGCUUGGAUGGUUUCGAGGCUAGCAGCAUGGCCUUCUUGCAGGAAAGCCAUGAUCGUUGCGAAAUUACUCUUCAGUGGAUUCAGCGCCUGAUCGUUGAGAGUGAUGCAAAGCAAUUGCUGAAGAUUGCUCCGCCGAUCUUGUCCCGCGUCUUCAAUGAACUCGGAAAUGGUAUUGUCAACCUAAACAAUGCGCGGAAGAUCACAGAUUUCCCCAUCCCUUUCCACCUGGCACAGAUGAUUACCGUCAUGCUCAUUGUGCACUCGCUCAUAUUGCCUCUGAUCUCCGCAGCUACAGUUGACAACAUGUCAUCAGCUGCGGGGAUUACCUUCUUCGUGAGUUUUGCUUACUGGUGCGUCCACUUUAUCACAAUAGAGCUCGAGUGGCCUUUUGGAGAUGACCCAAACGAUCUGCCAUUGCAAGACAUGCAAACGGACUUCAACAUGAGCCUAUCUUGCUUGAUUGACAACAGAGCGCAGGAGGUACCAAAGUUCAGCUUUGAGCCGCAGAAGCACCUCUUGCUAAAGACCAAGAGCAUCAAUUUCGAUCGAAAUCUCUCCGUUGGGGGUCCUUGCCGACAGCGCAUGUCGAGGUUCAAAGAGGCCCAGGCUGUGAAGAAAGAGUCACGCGAGAGCGACAAACGCGACAAAGACGAGUGCACGGAGAUUCCAAUCCCAGGCGACGACGGACAGCAGGAGCAGGAGACAGUUCCCAGAAGUGGGGUCGCCACGAGAAACUACUUGCUAGGUGCUGAGCGGGGAGGCCUCGAGGCCCUGAGUGUUGCCGGGGGCGCGGCGGGCGGAAAGAAGGCCGAGCCACAACACAAGAGCGCAGCACUGACUCCCACAAAGCCACAAGCAAACCGAGACAAGGCACCAGCACCGACCGGAGAGACCGUGGCGCUGCCAGAGCUUCUCAAACAUGCGAGCAGCAGCCACCGCAAGCCCUGGGUAGACAACCAGAACCCAGCGGAGCAGCACUACGACGCGGGACACAACCAGUGCAGACCAUGCACCGCCACCCUCGGGGUUACAUCCACACUUCGACGUCGCAACCAGGACGAUAUGACUCACUUCCUCCUGCACACCGAGGCCUACUACCAGUUCGCAGAGGGGCAACCGAGCACAGAAGUAAACGGCGACGGGGACACAGAGUCGGGACACGAGGUGCCACCACUGGAGACCCAUACUCACAGCCACAACAUCACCGACUGCCUCGACACGAUCCAGGCCGUAGUACCAGACCGCAGAAAGGCAUACGGGGGAACUGGAGGACACCAAUAA